AUGGAGGUAAUGGUCUCCCAUCUUGUAUCGAGAGUAGGUGCACGAGUCGAACCUGCUCUGGAGAUAAUUGGUCUUACCCUAACCCUAGGGUUUGAGCGAUCUAUUUUAGCUAGACUGAUAUCAAGCGGGCUCGUUCUUGAGGUUGUAACUGACACCGUGAUCUGCCAAACUGGUCGAGCACGAAUGCUUGGAAUUGGGAUUGGAGGGCUAGAAAUCGCUGAGACAAAUCGAUACCCUUAG